AUGCCUAAAGAUUUUCAAAACAAAAAUUUUAGCUCUUUCAUGCCAUAUUUCAUUCGAAACGAAGGCUUCAAUUUGAUGGAUCUUGAUAAAAUUCGAAACGAAAGUUUCAAUUUGAUAGAUCUUGAUAAAAUUGACGUGCCAUAUCCACUGAAUGGCAAUCUUGUCAGCGUAUUAAAAAACAAUUUGAAUGAACCUUCAAAGAAUGCGCCAAAUUGUUUUAUAUUAUACCGAAAAGCAUUUAAGGAGAUUUUAAUACAUCAUGGAUUUCGUCUUAAUGCAAGCAAAAUAUCUCGACUGGCAUCAAAAAACUGGAAGGCCCUUGCCGAUCCGGUUAAGCAAGAAUAUAAAAAAAUUGCUAAAGAGCUCCUCGAAAACACCGAAAAACAUGCUUCCGCUCCUUCUUUUAAGAAUAAAUGGCGUAUUGUCAAUUCUUCUGAUAUAAAACGAAAACUAAAUAAAAAGAAAAAGCCAUCCCUGGACAAAACAUCAGAACCUAAUGUAGCAAACUUGAAAAAGCCACCUAUGACGACAAUUAAUGCUCAAGAAAAUCCUAUAUUUCCCUAUGCAAAUUUAAAUCAUAUCGAUCCAAUUGGAGAACUUUUUACAUAUGCAUAUGAUUUGCCGGAGACUAUGCUACAUGUACUAAAUCAAAAUCCGAUAUAUUCUGAACUACCUCUGACGACAAUUAAUGCUCAAGAAAAUUCUAUAUUCCCAUAUGCACAUUUAAGUCAUAUCGAUUCGUUUGAAGAACUUUUUACAUAUACAUAUGAUUUGCCGAAAACCAUGCUAUUAAAUCAAAAUCUAAUAUCUCCGGAACUUUCUAUGAUGCAUUUUUAUGAACAUUUUACUGAUUUUCAAAGUAUUUCAACUACUUUUCAAGAAACAGAAUCGGAAUACUUUAUGAAUCACGUGUAA